AUGAACCCAAAUCAGUCUCUCACACGUCGUUCUCAAGCUUUGGGCUUAUCUGUGACGUCGUUGUGCCGUAUUAUGCGAAAGGAUCUUGGUCUAAAUCCUUACAAGAUCAAAUUGACGCAAGAACUGAAGCCGCUUGACCACCAGAAACGACAUAUGUUCGUGAAUUGGGCUGAGCAACAACUUGAAAAUAAUCCGGAUUUUCAUCGACAAAUCAUUUUCAGCGAAGAGGCUCAUUUUUGGCUGAAUGGCUUCGCCAAUAAGCAAAAUAUGCGUUAUUGGUCAGGCAGCAAUCCACGCGAACUCCAUGAGUCAACAUUACAUCCCGAAAAAAUUACGGUUUACUGA